UCGUCUCUAACAGUUUAAACGAGUUUUCGAAUUCCGCAACGCUUUGCUUGGCAGCGUUAACAAUACGUGCAUUCAUUUCAUACGAGAAGUGUGUAGCAAUUCAAGAUGUGGUUGUUGUUGUUGUAUAGUGUUUUGCUGGCACCGAUUCUUGCCAUACUCUACUUGGAAGUGAAAAAUUAUAGCAAAGUCAAGCAGCUGAAUAAGCUGCCAGGACCGCCGGCUUUACCAGUUUUGGGAAAUGCGCAUCAAAUGGGCAAAACGCCAAGUGAAUUACUAAAUAAGCUGUUUCAAUGGUGGGUGGAAUCAGAUCAUGGCAAUUAUCGAGUGCUCAUUGGCCCCUAUCGGAAUAUGGUGGUCUCAGACGCAAAAGAUUUGGAGUACAUCUUGACCAGCAAAUCGCUGAUCGAUAAAUCUGAUAUUUACGAUAUGCUUCAUCCAUGGCUUGGCACUGGCCUCCUUACCAGCACGGGACGCAAAUGGCACACGCAUCGCAAGAUUAUCACACCGUCCUUUCAUUUUAAGAUUUUGCAAAAUUUUCACGAUGACAUGAACAAGAAUUCGAAUAAGUUCGUUGAAAAACUGCGGAAAGUGUCGCAACAUGAUUCCAUAUUCGAUUUUCAAGAUAUGACGCACUACCUAACGAUGGAUGUGAUUUGUGAUACCGCGAUGGGCGUACAUAUCAAUGCGAUGGAUAACCAUGACCACAAGCUUGUGCAGGCAUUCAAAGACAUGUGUUACAACAUCAAUAUGCGCGCAUUUCAUCCGCUGAAAAGGUCGAGUAUUUUAUACAGAUUUGCGCCAGACUAUCCAAAGUACUGUAAAGUAUUGAAAACUCUGCAAGACUUCACAAAUGAGGUUAUAACGAAGCGUAGAGAAACACUCAAACUUGAAACAAUAGAGGGAGAAGAGAAUGAGUUCUCUCGCAAAAAGCAGGCCUUCCUGGACACUUUGCUCUCGUCCACAAUCGACGGAAAGCCGCUAACACAAGAAGAGAUCUACGAGGAGGUCUCGACAUUCAUGUUUGAGGGUCACGACACAACCACAUCUGCUGUGGCAUUCACAGUAUAUUUGCUCGCCAUGCACCCUGAGAUACAAAGGAGAGUGUACGCCGAGCAAAAACAGUUAUUGGGGGACAACUUCAAGGGUGAAGCCACUUUCCAGCAGAUUGCUGACAUGCAGUACUUGGACAUGGUCAUAAAGGAGUCACUGCGUCUCUAUCCCAGCGUAYCAAUUGUUGCCAGACGUACUGACAAGGAUUACGAUAUAAAUGGCUUCACUGUGCCAGUAGAUACUACCAUUAAUCUUUUUCUGAUGGCACUCGGUUACAAUGAAAAAUAUUUUCCCGAUCCCUACCACGUGGAUCCUGAUCGUUGGUGUGCGACGAAACGCUCCCAARAUCCUUUUGAGUACCUGCCUUUCWGCGCAGGUCCCRGAAAUUGUAUUGGACAAAAGUUCGCGUUGCUCGAAAUUAAAACUGUAGUUUCGAAAKUCGUGCGCACUUUCGAAAUACUGCCGCCUCUGGACGAAUUAGCCUCCACAGAUGGAUAUUCGAGACACUUCAUUGGCUUGUCGCAGGCGGAACAAAGAGAGCGGUUACCGMAUCCAAGCAAGUAUGAYCCGAUAUUGUCGGCCGUGCUGACCCUCAAAGSGGAGAAUGGUAUUUUCCUAAGACUAAGAGAGCGCCCUUAGARCCGAGGUUGCAGC